GGAAGCAGCAAGGUUGAGGGAACAUCGGUUGGUUCGGUCAAGUUACUUUUGUUCUUCAAGUCUUGCUUUCUCCUCCUGACUACUUUGUUGUCUCAAUCUCCUCUCUGGUCUUGUGCUCGGUUUUUGGUGUUGUUAGCUUGCAUUUCAAUUCACUUCCACCUCUGUCUAAAGCUUGAAGCUUGACAUCAUAGCUGUAUAGCUCUUAUCUCUCCGGAAACACACAGACGCAACGAUGGCACUGAACAAGCCUGAAGCGCCUGGCGCAGUAACUCCCAAGAGAAGCAUCGAGCUCUUCUCUGGCACCUACUUUGCAGCUUGCACAUUGGGUGGAAUCAUUGCUUGCGGACCCACCCACACAGCAGUAACCCCCCUGGAUCUCGUAAAAUGCCGCCGUCAAGUAGAUUCCAAACUCUACUCCUCCAACACCCAAGCCUGGCGCACAAUCUUCCGCAAAGAAGGACUCCGCGGCGUCUUCUUCGGCUGGUCUCCCACUUUUGUCGGCUACUCCUUCCAAGGCGCCGGAAAAUACGGCGCCUAUGAAUUCUUCAAAUACACCUAUGGCGAGAAACUUUUCCCCAACACAAACAAGACGGUUGUGUAUUUGGGAGCUUCGGCUACUGCGGAGGCUAUUGCGGAUUUGUUCCUGUGUCCGUUGGAGGCUAUCAAGGUGAGGAUGCAGACUACACUGCCGCCGUUUGCGAAUACGCUUAGGGAAGGGUGGAGUAAGGUUGUUGCGCAGGAGGGUGUGGCUGGUCUUUACAAGGGCUUGUAUCCCCUGUGGGCGCGCCAAAUCCCUUAUACCAUGGUCAAAUUCGCGACUUUUGAAUCUGCGGUUGGGCAAAUCUACAAGCAGCUCGGCAAGCCAAAGGAAAGCUAUGGCACCUUGGCACAGACCGGUGUUUCCUUCUUGGGAGGUUACAUUGCAGGUAUCGGCUGCGCAGUAGUCUCCCACCCAGCAGAUGUCAUGGUCAGCAAACUCAACAGCGACAGAAAGGCCGGCGAAAGUGCUGGUGCAGCAGUCAGCAGAAUCUACUCCCAGAUUGGCUUCAGAGGUCUGUGGUCCGGAGUCGGUUUGAGAAUUGGAAUGAUUGGCACUCUUACCGCUUUCCAGUGGUUGAUUUACGAUUCCUUCAAGGUUUCUGUUGGUCUGCCUACUACUGGUGGUCAUUAGAAGGGAGGGGCGGUUGGAUCUUUGGAGGUUUCUUCUUUUCAUUUCUGCUUGCUCUGUUUUGUUUUUAAUAUAAUGUUAAUGCUUUUUCAUCGAGGCGCUUGGGUGUUCAAAAAAAGGGGCUCCUAGAGUACAGUGAAUACAGCUUCUUCUCAACGCACUCAGAGACAUGCCAAUCUUCCAUGUGUCCAUCGAGUGUCUACAGGAGAGAGACCUUAAGGAAAUCGAAGACUUCUCAGGCAGGCUCGAAAUUACAUGACUUGCUUUCAUUGCAUUCGGAUGCUGCAC